GUCACGUCCGACUCUCUCUUUCCCUUCCGAGCUCCUAACAUGGCACCGAUCAAAACAAGGAGGCCGACUGUUGGCAAGAAGUCCAAAAAGGGAGCUUCAUGGAAGUUCACCUUGGACCUGACCCACCCUGUGGAGGACGGGAUCCUGGACUCUGCAAACUUUGAAACCUUCCUCAAGGAGAGGAUAAAGGUCAACGGGAAGACGGGGAAUCUGGGUAACAUCGUCCAGGUCGGCCGCAUGAAGAACAAGAUCAACGUCACGUCUGAGAAGCAGUUCUCCAAAAGGUAUCUGAAGUACCUCACAAAGAAGUACCUGAAGAAGAACAACCUCCGUGACUGGCUGAGAGUGGUGGCGUCUGACAAGGAGACGUACGAGCUGCGUUACUUCCAGAUCAGCCAGGACGACGAGGAGUCGGAGGCAGACGAGUAGACGCUCGCAGCUGUCUGUGUGUCCGGAGAAUAAACGUGGAAAAACAACA